AUGACCCCAUUGACACGUACAAUGUCCAGUCUAAAUAUCCGUAACCUGACCCAUUGGGACAAAGAGCUCAAGCAAGACCGCGCUCACCGACUAGCAGCCACUGUGCUUAAGAAUUGCAAUGCAGAUGAAGCACUUUUGAACCGUAGUCGUCUACAAGAAUUAGAAAAUCGCUCGUUCAAUCAUCAAGUUACAGUAGAUCAGUUACCAGUUACCAAUCAAAGAUCUUCAGGACGUUGCUGGUUGUUUGCAGCUACCAAUCAAUUAAGACUCAACGUAAUUCAAAAACUGAAUCUAAAGGAAUUUGAAUUAUCACAGUCAUACCUCUUCUUCUAUGAUAAAUUAGAAAAGGCCAAUUAUUUUUUGGAUCAGAUUGUACAAACCCGUGAAGAACCUGUGGAUUCAAGGUUGGUUCAACACUUAUUGAAGUCCCCCACUGAAGAUGGUGGUCAGUACAGUAUGUUUCUCAAUUUGGUUCGCAAGUAUGGUUUAAUUCCAAAGGAUAUCUACGGUGAUUUGCCUUACUCGACCAUUGCAUCAAGUAAAUGGAAUUCUCUAUUGACUUCCAAAUUACGUGAAUUUGCACAACAACUCCGUGAACCAUCUUCUAAGGAUGAAGAUACAGCAGAAAAAUUGACUUCCAUGCAACGUGAAUUGUUUGAAAUUUUCACUCUUUUCAUGGAUCUACCACCAGUGCAACCUGAUGAGGAAUUUACCUGGACCUAUUCAGACAAGGAUAAGAAGUUGCAUACUAUUAAGACGACUCCAUUGAACUUUGCUAAGGAAUAUGCUCAGUUGGACGAUACAAAACCAGUUUCAUUAAUCAACGAUCCCCGCCACGAGUUCGGUAGUAUCAUCGAAAUUGAUCGUUUGGGUAACGUUCUAGGAGGUGAGAAAGUGAGAUAUUUGAAUUUGGAGAAUGACACUUUAUCACAAUUAGUAGUCGAUUGUAUCAAGAACAACAAAGCCGUUUUCUUUGGAUCACACACCCCUCGUUAUAUGAAUAAAAAAUUCGGUAUCAUGGAUUUGCAAUCAUGGAACUACGACGCCAUCGGUUACCAUUUGAACCAAUCCAAGGAAGCUCGUAUUCGUUAUGGAGAAUCUUUAAUGACACAUGCAAUGUUGAUCACUGGUGUCCAUGUAGAUGAAUCAACGGGAAAGCCACUUCGUUACCGUGUGGAAAAUUCUUGGGGUAAGGACUCGGGUAAGGAAGGGUCAUACGUUAUGACUCAAGAGUAUUUUGAACAAUACUCCUUCCAAAUCGUCGUUGAUGUCGACCAAUUGCCACAAGAAUUAGCAGAAAAAUUCCACAAUGAACAAGAAAAACCAAUUUUACUACCAUUAUGGGAUCCAAUGGGAGCAUUAGCAGAAUAA